ACGCCCAUCUCCCUGAGAAAUUCUCAUCCAUGUAAUAAAUUCCCAACGAAUGUGCCUGAACUCUUGGGAGUUCAAACCACCUUAAAGGGCCAAGCAACGCUCAGAAGCAGUGCUCAUAGCAAAAGGGUACGGAGUCCAUAAAGAUGGAAAAUGGACAAAGCACAGCAGCUAAACUGGGGCUUCCUCCCCUCACACCGGAACAGCAGGAAGCUCUCCAGAAAGCAAAGAAGUAUGCAAUGGAGCAGAGUAUCAAGAGCGUGCUGGUGAAGCAAACCAUCGCCCACCAGCAGCAGCAGCUCACCAACCUGCAGAUGGCAGCAGUGACAAUGGGCUUUGGAGAUCCUCUCUCACCUUUACAAUCGAUGGCAGCGCAGAGGCAGCGCGCCCUGGCCAUCAUGUGUCGCGUGUACGUGGGUUCCAUAUACUAUGAGCUGGGAGAAGACACCAUUCGUCAGGCCUUUGCCCCCUUCGGACCCAUAAAAAGCAUUGAUAUGUCCUGGGACUCUGUUACAAUGAAGCACAAGGGUUUUGCUUUUGUGGAAUACGAGGUGCCUGAAGCUGCUCAGCUGGCCUUGGAGCAGAUGAACUCUGUCAUGUUGGGAGGAAGAAACAUAAAGGUCGGAAGACCGAGUAACAUAGGGCAGGCACAACCGAUCAUAGACCAGCUGGCAGAAGAGGCAAGGGCCUUCAACCGCAUCUACGUGGCGUCUGUGCAUCAGGACCUUUCAGACGAUGACAUCAAGAGCGUGUUCGAGGCCUUUGGAAAGAUUAAAUCCUGCACGCUAGCACGGGACCCUACAACAGGAAAACACAAAGGCUACGGUUUCAUUGAGUAUGAGAAAGCACAGUCUUCUCAAGAUGCUGUUUCUUCGAUGAACCUCUUUGACCUCGGAGGGCAGUAUCUGCGAGUGGGCAAAGCCGUCACUCCCCCGAUGCCCCUGCUGACGCCUGCCACCCCAGGAGGGCUGCCUCCAGCGGCGGCUGUAGCUGCAGCAGCGGCCACAGCAAAAAUCACAGCCCAGGAAGCGGUGGCAGGAGCUGCAGUUCUUGGCACUUUGGCAACUCCUGGGCUCGUCUCUCCAGCACUGACUCUGGCGCAGCCAUUAGGGGCGUUGCCACAGGCUGUGAUGGCAGCACAGGCUCCAGGAGUCAUUACAGGUGUAACCCCUGCUCGACCUCCCAUUCCAGUCACCAUCCCACAAGUGGGAGUUGUUAAUCCCAUCCUGGCAAGUCCCCCAACGCUGGGCCUGGUGGAGGUCAAGAAAGAGAAGGAGGAGGAGGAGGUUUUCCAGGAGUCGGAGCGGCCGGAGAUGCUGAGCGAGCAGGAGCACAUGAGCAUUUCGGGCAGCAGCGCCCGCCACAUGGUGAUGCAGAAGCUGCUCCGUAAGCAGGAGUCAACGGUCAUGGUGCUGCGCAACAUGGUGGAUCCAAAGGACAUUGAUGAUGACUUGGAGGGAGAAGUGACAGAAGAGUGUGGCAAGUUUGGGGCUGUGAACAGGGUCAUCAUCUACCAGGAAAAGCAGGGAGAAGAGGAGGACGCCGAGAUCAUAGUCAAGAUCUUUGUGGAGUUCUCCAUGGCCUCCGAGACGCACAAAGCCAUUCAGGCUCUGAACGGGCGCUGGUUUGCGGGAAGGAAGGUGGUGGCAGAAGUGUACGACCAGGAGAGAUUUGAUAACAGUGACCUGUCAGCAUGAACUUCACUUGAAAGAGACUUCUCCCCUGCCCCCUAUGCCUGUCUGUUUUUUUUUAGCCAUGUGUAAAGGACGCCCCAGGGUGGGCGCAGAUCUCUGUGAUGUACUUUUAGUUUGGAUAAAAGCGCAAAGAAAGC